AUGCUCCUCCGUAUCAGAUCCCCAGCUGGGACUGCCCGAAUCACAGUCACCAAUGAGACUCCUGGAGAAGAGUUUGCCCAGCUCAUGCUGGAUACCAUCCCCAAGUCGGAUCCCCAACCCGACUUGGCCACUGCCAAAUUGAGCAAUCAACCAGGGGCAAGUGGAGAGAGUGUUCCAUUCGCUGCUCUUCAGGGGAGAUCAGUGGGAGACAUGGGAUUCUCCCACGGAGACCUUCUAUUCAUGUCGUACAAACCUCGCGGCGCCGACCUCGACUCGCAUCCUACGACCCAAGCCACGAGCUCCCCCUCCCACCCUGCCCAGCCGGACCCAUCUCACCCGCACACCCAUACCGAUGCGCCACUUUCCAACACCAUUACGCUCAAGGAUUUGAGCCACGUUGUAGAGCAUCCUGUGGACAAGUACUGGGAGACGCAGAAUGGAAAGAUUGAGAGGAAGAGGGAUCCAGACUUUUGUCGGCAUGGGGAGAAGGGAAUGUGUGACUAUUGCAUGCCUCUCGAGCCGUAUGACAGCAAGUACCAGACCGAGCAACAGAUUAAGCACCUCUCCUACCACUCCUACCUCCGCAAACUUCUCUCUUCCCGCCCUGCCUCUUCCUCUUCCGCAAACAACCUCCCCCCUCUUACCCCUACCUCCUUAUCCGUCAUCACGCCUUGUCCUUCUGGAUCCCACGCACCUUACCCGGACGGUAUCUGUUCGACGUGUCAGCCAUCUGCUGUCACGCUCGCGUCGCAGCCGUUUAGGAUGGUCGACCAUGUCGAGUUUUCAUCCCCCGCUCUGAUUGAUGACCUUUUGUCUGCCUGGAGGCGUACAGGUACUCAGCGUCUUGCGUUCCUCCUUGGCAGAGAAGACAAGUAUGAAAAGGUGCCCAUGGGUAUCAAGGUCGUCGUUGAAGCGGUCUGGGAGCCGAAACAGGAGGGAGAGGUGGAUGGUUUGACGGUGGAGACGCCGUGGGAGGACGAGGCGAGGGUGGCAGAGGUUGCAAAGUGGUGUGAGAAGGGGCUGGAGGUGGUUGGUAUGAUUUACACUGAUCUGACUCCCGACCCCGAGGAUAUCACCAAGACAGUCUACAAACGCCACGCCCAAUCCUACACUGCUUCCUCUCUCGAGCUCCUCAUGUCUGCUGCAUACCAAAUCUCCCACCCUCUCCCUACCCGUCAAUCUCCCACCGGUCAUUUCUCCUCACGCUUUGUUACUUGUUGCCUUACCGGUGACAAGGAAGGUGGUAUCGAUAUUCUCGCCUGGCAGGCUAGCGAGCACGCCGAAGCGAUGGUGAAAGCUGGCAUCGUGGAAGCUAGUGUCGACCCUGGGGUGGUCAGGGUGAGGAAACCAGGAGAGGGCGAGUAUGUGCCAGAAGUGUUCUAUAGUUACAAGAAUGAGUAUGGGAUUCAGGUGAAGAACCCUGCGAGACCGACUUUCCCUGUAGAGUAUCUCUACGUCAACUUGACCCACGGUUUCCCCGUCUCCCCUAACCCGCUCUUCUUGAGCAACUCGUUCCCCACCGAGAAUAGACCCGGUCUUCAUGACCAGUCCAUGACUGUUGUCGUCUCCCAGCUUGCUGCUAUCUUGCAGUCGAGCGACGCCGAGAUUGGUGAUACCGGUACUUGGCCGGCGAGGAUCAAGAUGGAUGUGGCCAAGUGGCUGAGCGAUUGGCAUCUGGUGGCAUUCCUUUGUAUGCAGGGACUCUUUUCUCUUAAAGAGCAGCAGAUCCUGUGCCGCGCUGCUACUGCCCACGCUCACCCCAACGACAAGACUGCCCUCGAGGAGCUCUUUGCCUCCUCCGGCUGGCAGACGCUUCUCACUAUCGUUGAGAGCGACGCCGCUGCUAACGUACGUGGUGCGCCGCCUCCUACGUCGUCAUUCAACAACCUCGGUAUCGAUUCACCCUCUGGUGCUGGAGCUUCGGGUUCUGCAGGAGGGGAUGCCGAUGCGGGGGGGACCAGGGAGAGGAUAUGCCCGCAUUGUACAUUCGUCAACGAACACGGGGGUAGUGAUUGUGAGAUAUGUGGGCUGCCUUUGGACGGGUAA